CCUGCACUGCCCAGAACAGCCCUGCCCAGCGCAGCGCCGCCCUCCCCUGCGCCGCCUAGCGCAGCGCCGCCCUCCCCCGCGCCGCCCAGCGCAGCGCCGCCCUCCCCUGCGCCGCCUAGCGCAGCGCCACCCUCCCCUGCGCCGCCCAGCGCAGCGCCGCCCUCCCCUAAGCCGCCCAGCACAGCGGAUUCGGGGCCCCCGUCAUGCCCUUACACACGCCCUCCUGACCAACCCGCCCCGCCGCGUUUUCCCCCUUUCCCCCCUCGUUUUGCCACCCCCGGACCAGGGCCCCCCACUUCCCUCCACGCUCCCUCCCAUCAUCCUCCCUUCCCCUUCCAUCUGCCCUCCCUUCUGCCAUCCUGUGCCUUCCCCUCUGCUGUCCCCUGCAUUCCCUUGGCCUUCCCUCCUUCCCUCCCUCCUUCCUUUGUGUGUGAAUGUGUGUGCCCCACCAUCCGUGUGCUCAUGCAUUCUCGUACAAAUGUGUGUAUGUAUCAUGGGUCAGUUCGGGACAGCUGGGAAUUGAACCCAGACCCACAAGAACGUGGGUGGCACCUCUGCCCUGUUCCAAUUCCCGCCCCACCCCGCGCCUGCACUGCCCUGAACCGCCCUGCCCAGCGCCGCCCUCCCCUGGGCAAGUAG